UUGAGCAGCGAGUCAAGCCAGGCCAAAGCGGCGCGUACCGCUCGAAGUUCUCUCGGAAACAAUAGUAUAGCAGUAUUCGACCCCAUAACCGAAUUCUCUAGCACGUAUCCACUGGAUAUGGCACGACCAUCCGCACGCCCCUAUACCAGUAACAUUGGCCCAUUUUUACCCGCCCUACCCAAAACCGGUGAUGCAGCACAAGUAGCUCGGCAACGAAAAGCCCGAACGUUGCAACGUAAACGAUUGGAUCGGACGCAGAAUAUGUUCCCACCUUAG